UGCCCACCUGGCGUGGACACCCCUGCUCCCCAGGGCCCUGGGUCUGAAGCCACCGAGGCUGUGUCAGGCAAGCUUGCAGACCUACUGUGUGCCUGCACUCCCACCUCUGAGUCAAGUAGCAGGGUGUCAAGUAGCAGGGGUCUGGCCAAUAUCAGGGGAGCUAGUGUUGCCCUAGGCUCUGGCUGUGGGUUAGUCCUGCCAGACCCGGGCCUGGGGAGAAGCAGUCUUGCCCUCCAGCCUGCUCCCACGGACCCUUCCCGGACGGGCCACGGACGCGCGAUAGGAGCCUUUUCCUGAGUGGGGUGGGGUGCAGGGCAGGGCAUGGGGCUCUCCCUCUCCCACGUAGACGUCCCCUGCCCUGCCUCCCCUCCGAGGAACCCUCGCCUCCCGCGUCUGAUGGGCACAGGCGGAGAGGUGCCCGGCGGACUCCACUGCGAACACUUCCCGCGCCCCUGCCCAUUCCGAGAUCGACCUGCAGCUGAGCUGCGCCGUCUGGGCCCCCGAUGCUGCUGCCCGGCCCUGGCUCCUGCCCUCGCGUCUCCCUGCCUCGUGGCCCAGCAGCCCCGGAGCAGUCACUUGGACCACAGAGGAGCUGCGCGCUGGGCGCGGGAGGUUCGCAGCCGGCGGCGGGCGGCCAUGGAGGACUACGAGCAGGAGCUGUACGGCGUCGAGGAUGACUUCCACAGCCAGUUCGCGGCCGAGCUCGAGGUGCUGGCCGAGCUGGAAGGGACAACCGCCACGUCACCUUCCAGGGACCCCUGGCCCACUGUGGGCCGGCCCCGCCUGACGUUCGAGGAGACCAUUGCUGGAGGGAACGCUGCCACUCACUGCUCUCCAGGCGGACCUCCAAGGAACAGCAAGGGCGGUGCCAGGAAGAGGCAGCUGGCCGCUGACAUCCACGGGGACAGACCCCUGCCCCCUACCCCCAAAGUCAAACGGUCCAGGCUGGAGGCUGCCAGGAGACUGAACUUCAGGUCCGAUGAGAUGGAAGAGCCGCUGCCUCCUGACUCCCCGACUCAGGACAUCACCCCCCCACCGAGUCCUGAGGUCCCUGCUGAACUAUGGGGCAAGGGGCCCUUGGACACUGGGGCUGAUGUGGGUCUCACUAAGGCCUCGCCAGCCGCCCGCAAUCCUGUCCUGAGGCGGCCCCCUGUCUUGGAGGACUACAUCAACGUGACCUCCACUGACGGCAACCGGGCCUUUCUAGUGCUUCAGGCUGACCCAGUGGGCACUGGGGUCCAGAGCCCUCUUCUUGACAUCCGGUGGCGUGGCCGUGGCCAGCUGGAUCUGCUGGGUGUGUCCUUUGCCUCCCUGAAGGAGAAGAUCGACAGCGAGCGGCGGCAGCGACUGCUGGAAGAGGCCCAGCGGCUCUCGGACACACUGUGCAGUCUUAGGUCAGAGGAGGUGGAGGAGGGGCCCCAGCCCUCGGGGGCCUCUGAGGAGGAGCCCGCUGACAGCCAAGAUGCUUCCCAGCAUUGCCUCUGGGUGGAUGAGUUCGCACCCCAACGCUAUACGGAGCUGCUCAGUGACGACUUCACCAACCGCUGCCUCCUCAAGUGGCUGAAGCUGUGGGACUUGGUGGUGUUUGGCCGAGAGCGGCCCACCCGGAAGCCCAGACCCAGUGUGGAACCGGCCCGUGGUGGCAAGGAGGCCACAGCCUCCAGCAAGUGGAAAAGCCACGGACAGGUGCUAGAGGAGAUGCUGGAGGCUGAGCUGGAUCCAAGCGGGCGGCCCCGGCAGAAGGUGGCGCUGCUGUGUGGGCCCCCAGGGCUGGGCAAGACCACCCUGGCCCAUGUGAUUGCGCGGCAUGCUGGGUACUCUGUGGUGGAAAUGAACGCGAGUGAUGACCGCAGCCCUGAGGCCUUCCGAACGCGCAUCGAGGCAGCCACGCAGAUGGAGUCGGUGUUGGGCACUGGUGGGAGGCCCAACUGCCUGGUUAUCGAUGAGAUCGACGGGGCCCCCACGGCUGCCAUCAAUGUUCUCCUGAGCGUCUUGGAUCGCCAGGGCCGACAGGAGGCAGAGCCAGGGGGCCCCGCUGUGCCCACGGGCGGGGGGCGGCGGCGCCGGGCGGAAGGGGGGAUCCUGAUGAGGCCCAUCAUCUGCAUCUGCAAUGACCAGUUCGUGCCCUCCCUUCGGCAGCUGAAGCAGCAGGCACUCCUGCUCCACUUCCCGCCCACGCUGCCCUCCAGGCUCACACAGCGGCUCCAGGAGAUCUCCCUGCGGCGGGGCAUGCGGCCUGACCCUGGCGCGCUGGCGGCCCUCUGCGAGAAGACAGACAACGACAUCCGCGCCUGCAUCAAUGCCCUACAGUUCCUGCAUGGGCGGGGCCAGCGGGAGCUGAGCGUUCAGGCUGUGCAGACCACACGCAUUGGCCUCAAGGACCAGCGCAAGGGCCUCUUCUCCGUGUGGCAGGAGGUCUUCCAGCUGCCCCAGGCCCGGAGGCACCGCAUGGGUCAGGACCCGACCCUGCCCUCCCACACACUCCUGCUCGGUGAUGGGCACGUGGGUUCAGGGCCCCUCGCUACCAAGGUGCCCCUGACCGCGGCCUCUCAGCGGUUCUACCACAUCUUGCAUGUGGCCGCUUCUGCGGGUGAGCACGAAAAGGUGGUCCAGGGCCUUUUCGACAACUUCUUGCGGCUGAGGCUGCGGGACUCCAGCUUGGCAGCCGUGUGCAUAGCACUUGACUGGCUGGCCUUCGACGACCUGCUGAGCCGGGCCGCCCACCACGGCCAGAGCUUCCAGCUGCUGCGCUACCUGCCCUUCCUGCCCCCGGCGUUCCACCUGCUUUUUGCCUCCAGCCAUGUGCCGAGGAUCACCUUUCCCACCAGCCAGCAGGAGGUGCGCCCCACGCCCUGCCCAUACCCAGGGUCUAACACCGGGGCCCUGGGUGACUUGGUCCUCGUCCGCCCUCCACCCCAGGCCCAGAAUCGGAUGAGCCGGACACACAACCUGAUGCAGACGCUGGUGUCGGGCAUCACGCCAGCCACCCGCAGCCGGGCUGCACCACAGGCGCUCAUCCUGGACACCCUCUGCCUGCUCCUGGACAUCCUCGCACCCAAGCUGCGCCCUGUGAGCACACAGCUGUACAGCGCCCGAGAGAAACAGCAGCUGGCCAGCCUCGUGGGCACCAUGCUCGCCUAUAGCCUCACCUACUGCCAGGAGCGCACGCCCGACGGGCAGUAUGUCUACAGGCUGGAGCCGAACGUGGAGGAUGUCUGCCGCUUUCCCGAGCUGCCCACCCGCAAGCCCCUCACCUACCAGGCCAAGCAGCUCAUUGCCCGUGAGAUUGAAGUGGAGAAGAUGCGGCGGGUGGAGGCCUUGGCCCGGGCUAGGGUCGGCCCCCAGGUGGACGGGGGUCCCCUGGGGGGCACUGGGGAGAAAGGGGCGCAGCCAUCUGCCCCAUGCAGCCACGAGCAGCGGCUGGAGUGCAUCCUGAAGAGAGCUGCCCUGGAGGAGCAGCCCGAGAGGGACUUCUUCGGUCGUGUGGUUGUCAAGAGAGCGGCAGCCCCGAGCACAGAGCACGCAGCCCCUGAGACUGACACGGCCGAGCAGCGCAUGGGCACCGCGGUGGGCAGGAGCGACGUCUGGUUCCGCUUCAAGGAGGGCGUCUCCAACGCCGUGCGGCGCAGCCUGUACAUCAGGGACCUGCUGUAGCCUGGGCCACACCAAGCCCCCAGGAUCCAUGCUGCCACCUUCGCUGUGCUAGAUACUCUGACCCACACUUGACGUCCCCAGGAUCUAUGCUGGACACUGUGGGGGCCAUGCCAGACCCCCCUGUCCAUGCCGGACACUCUGGGGUUGUGCCAGACACCCUGGAUCCACACCGGCCACCCUGGAGGCACACCAGAUGUCCCCAGAUACACACUGGGUGCCUGGGUGUUGCUUUCUCUCUCCUAGAAAAUGUACAAAAGCAUGUACAUGCUUGAAAACUCUUUAUAAAAGUCACACUUUUACAG